CCCAGCUAGAACGAAAUCCCUCCCCAGAUUUGACGGAUUUUAUUUGGGUGGAUUUGACGGACCCUCCCGAUCCCGUCCCCUCUCCUCCUCCUCCUCCACCCGCCGCCACCCUCUCCUUCCUGCCGCCACCCUCUCCUCCGGCCAGAUCGCCCUGUCGCUCCGUCUCGAUUCCUUUCCUCUGCCAAGGUAGACCCGUCUCGGUCCCUCUCCUCCGCCCAGAUCGCCCCAUCCCGGUCCAUCUCCUUCGCCGAGGACGACAUCCCUCUCCUCCGGCAAGGUCGCCGCCGCAGGUCCUCGUCCUCGUCAAUCCCUUCUCAUCCACUGCAAUCUUUUGCCGGAUCCGUCCACCCUUUGCCGCCUCUACUGCAGAUCGAUCCUGGCACCGCCCUGCAGAUCCCGACCUCCAAGCCAAGACCUAGUUCCACCUUCGGCACCUUGCAAGGUACCUGCCACCUCGGUGUUCGAGCUUCUCCACCACCGCUCCCUGGAUGAGCCAGACGUGCGUCGGCUCGUCGCGCUCAACAAGGACGACCUGUGUGGGAGCUUUCAACACUGUGUACGCCCCUUUUCAAUCACAAUUGCUGAAGUUCAAAUUAGGCAAUGGAUCUGGACACAGAGAAUCGUCUAGCUUCAUUACUCCUUGAAGAAGCACGGAGAUUACAGUCAGAGGCUGAUAGGGAAGGCGUUCAUGCAUAUCUGCGAAAGCCCAAUGUUAGGCAUCGUCCAAACUCCCGGUUCCUCACAGCCACAGUUCGUGGAGUUCAACAAGCAAACCGUGUUGUGGAGGUUGAUGAAAUGUGGCGUGCCAGGGAGAAGGAACUUGAACUUGAGUCUAAGCUGAAAAGAAGAAAUAAAGAGCGUGGUGACUCUAGAGGGGAGAAACGCAAAGGUGACUCGAGAAAUAUGAGUUCCAGCUCAAAGAUUGAAGAAGGAACUGCUUAUAAUAGUUCUUACUCAGACCAGGAUGAUGGUCUAGGGGAUGAUGAAGUUGAAAAGUUUCUGCAUUCAAGGGUAAAGCGAGGAAGAGGUGCCGUUGGCUCUAGGAUGGAUGAACCUGGUCCAUACCUAAAGGCUUCAUCGCAUUGUCGAGACAAAGAACCUAGCCCGGAUAUACGUUUGGAAGAAAAAUGGGAACACCGAGUGCAAGGUCCGGAGAGGCCACUGUUUUUGAGAUCCAAGUCUCUUGAUGAUUGUUGGCAUGGGAAAACAUUGGAUGAUAAGCCAUCUAGCUCUUGUGAACCACACAGGAAGAAGGAAAAUAAAAAGGAGAGGAGAUCGGAGAAAAAAGAGAGAAAGGAGAGAAAAGACAAGAAGAAGGCCAAGCAUGGCCACCGCCACCACCAUCACAAAAGCCGAAGAAGGGAGUGAUGUGCCCCAUUACUGAACUACAAUUUGUACACAAGAAAGGGUUCUGUUACUGAAAGAUGCUGCUACAUGCUGCUAUUACUUGUUCGCUGGGAACCUGUGUUGUAACUAAAACUCCGCCAGCGCGCACAAGGGGGAUACGGUUGGCACUGUGCCCCGUGUUUAAACAUGUUAUGUGUUGCUCGAGUUGAACUUUCUUUGCCUAUAACAUGAUUGGCAUCUGA